AUGCAAAAGGUCUACGGCCCUUACCCUACAGACACGAGUGACCCUGCAUCAUGGCAGCCUCCCGCAAAUCCAGGGGCUGGAGGACACCGCGGGAGAUAUCUCUGGACCGACGCCUUUGGGGUUAUCAACUUUAUCACGUUGUCCCGCGAGAAGGAUGGCACUCACUCGCGGGACCUCUACUUGGAACUAGCCAGACAGCUGGUGGAUACAGUCCACUCUGUCCUCGGUCGCACGCGGGAUGGAGCUUCGCGCCUCCCGGGCGCGACCGACGAGGAACCUUUAAAGGGCGGCUUGCGGAUCGGAAAGCUGGACGCCGGGGGGCCCGACGGCGACGGCCAAUACCACCACUACCUCACUCUCUGGAUGUUCGCCCUCAACCGGCUAGCUCUGGCGACAAAGGAAGCACGGUGGAACGAUCUCGCAGUGCAACUAGCCAAAGCUAUCCAUCCGCACUUCGUGGUGAGGAGGGGUGAUCGAGAAAGUAUGGUGUGGAAGGUAUCGACGGAUAUGCGGCGCGUGCUAGUCAACAGCAAGGGGAACCUCGACGACGUGGACGGACUGGUAGUGUGCCAGCUAUUGCGAGAAACCGCCGAGCUCUUCCGACAAGGGAGUAGCACCACCGAUAACUCACACUCGUCGCCAUCGAUACUGGACGCGGAAAUCGACCACUACUAUCGUAUCGUGUCCACCCACCCGAAAUAUCUCUCGGGGGACCCGCUCGACCUAGGAAUGGGCCUGUGGAUAAGCCACUUCGACAAAGACGCGCCCUGGUCCCGCGAGCUCUCGUCGCAGGGCCUCGCGAUCGCGCGCGCGCGGUUCCUGCCCGCGGCCCAGAGCCCCAUCAGCGCCGGCGGCAAGAAGCAGCACGCCUACCGGCUCGCGUUCCGCGAGUUCGGCGGCUGCCUCGGGAUCAAAUGCUACGUCGACGACCCGGCGCAGCCGCUGCACGCGGCUACCGAGGUCGUGCUGGACGCCUGGGAAGGCAAGGUGUUGCACGCGGCGGACGAGGACCUGCGGCCGAUUAAUCUGGUCAUGUACGCUGCGGCGUUGAUUCCUGGCGCUUUUCAUAAAGACUAUGUGAGGUUAGGGAAAGGGGUAAGCGACUCGUAA